CGAAGAAGAAGCAGCUCUCUAUUGGAUAGCAUUUAGGCUGGGUAAGAGGAAUCAGCCAAUCAGAAUGUGCCUAUCCUCCCAGAGACCCCGCCCCUUCCUCGUGGUAACUUUUGGUGGCGGGAAAAGUUCGGAAGUUUCGCGCCAGGGCGGGGGCAUCCUAGAACCUACGCGGGGCUCGGGUAGAACUGACAAGCAUGGCGGGGACCGUGGUACUGGACGAUGUGGAGCUGCGGGAGGCGCAGAGAGAUUACCUGGACUUCUUGGAUGACGAGGAAGACCAGGGAAUUUAUCAGAGCAAAGUUCGGGAGCUGAUCAGUGACAACCAAUACCGGCUGAUUGUUAACGUGAAUGAUCUGCGCAGAAAAAAUGAGAAGAGGGCUAAUCGCCUCCUGAACAAUGCCUUUGAGGAGCUGGUUGCCUUCCAGCGGGCCUUAAAGGAUUUUAUAGCCUCCAUUGAUGCUACCUACGCCAAGCAGUAUGAGGAGUUCUACAUAGGAUUGGAGGGCAGCUUUGGCUCCAAGCAUGUCUCCCCCCGGACUCUCACCUCCGUCUUCCUCAGCUGUGUCGUCUGUGUGGAGGGCAUUGUCACCAAGUGCUCUCUAGUUCGUCCCAAAGUUGUCCGCAGUGUCCACUACUGUCCUGCUACAAAGAAGACCAUAGAGCGACAUUACUCUGAUCUCACCACCCUGGUGGCCUUUCCUUCCAGCUCUGUCUACCCCACCAAGGAUGAGGAGAACAAUCCCCUUGAGACAGAAUAUGGCCUUUCUGUCUACAAGGACCACCAAACCAUCACUAUCCAGGAAAUGCCAGAGAAGGCCCCAGCUGGCCAGCUUCCUCGCUCUGUGGAUGUCAUUCUGGAUAAUGACCUGGUGGAUAAAGUGAAGCCUGGUGACAGAAUCCAGGUGGUGGGGACCUACCGUUGCCUUCCCGGAAAGAAGGGAGGCUACACCUCUGGGACCUUCAGGACCGUUCUGAUCGCCUGCAAUGUGAAGCAAAUGAGCAAGGACAUUCAGCCUUCAUUCUCUGCGGAGGAUAUAGCCAAGAUCAAGAAGUUCAGCAAAACCCGCUCCAAGGAUAUCUUUGACCAGCUGGCCAAGUCCUUGGCCCCCAGUAUCCAUGGGCAUGACUAUGUCAAGAAGGCAAUCCUCUGCCUGCUCUUGGGAGGGGUAGAGCGUGACCUGGAAAACGGCAGCCACAUCCGUGGGGACAUCAAUAUUCUUCUUAUAGGAGACCCAUCGGUUGCCAAGUCUCAGCUGCUGCGGUAUGUGCUUUGCACUGCACCCCGGGCUAUCCCUACCACUGGUCGGGGCUCCUCUGGAGUGGGUCUGACGGCUGCUGUCACCACAGACCAGGAAACAGGGGAACGUCGUCUGGAAGCAGGGGCUAUGGUCCUGGCUGACCGUGGUGUGGUUUGCAUUGAUGAAUUUGACAAGAUGUCUGAUAUGGACCGCACGGCCAUCCACGAAGUGAUGGAGCAGGGUCGAGUCACUAUCGCCAAGGCUGGCAUCCAUGCUCGACUGAACGCCCGCUGUAGUGUUUUGGCAGCAGCCAACCCCGUCUAUGGCAGGUAUGAUCAGUACAAGACCCCUAUGGAGAACAUUGGGCUGCAGGACUCACUGCUAUCCCGAUUUGACUUACUCUUCAUCAUGCUGGACCAGAUGGACCCUGAGCAGGAUCGGGAGAUCUCUGACCAUGUCCUUAGGAUGCACCGUUAUAGGACACCAGGGGAGCAGGAUGGAGAUGCUAUGCCUUUGGGUAGUGCCGUGGAAAUGUUGGCCACAGAUGAUCCCAACUUUAGCCAAGACGACCAGCAGGAUACCCAGAUUUAUGAGAAGCAUGACAACCUUCUGCACGGGCAUAGGAAGAAAAAGGAGAAGAUGGUGAGUGCGGCUUUCAUGAAGAAGUACAUCCACGUGGCCAAAAUCAUCAAGCCCAUCCUAACGCAUGAGUCGGCCACCUACAUCGCAGAGGAGUACUCACGCCUGCGCAGCCAGGACAGCAUGAGCUCCGACACCGCCAGGACCUCCCCAGUUACAGCCCGGACCCUGGAAACCCUGAUUCGGUUGGCCACGGCCCAUGCCAAGGCCCGCAUGAGCAAGACUGUGGACCUGCAGGAUGCAGAGGAAGCUGUGGAGUUGGUCCAGUACGCUUACUUCAAAAAGGUUCUGGAGAAGGAGAAGAAACGUAAAAAGCAAAAUGAGGAUGAAUCAGAGGCAGAAGAUGAAGAGGAGAGAAGCCAGGAGGACCAAGAACAGAAGAGGAAGAGGAGGAAGACUCGUCAUCGCUCAGAUGCUGGGGAUGGGGACUCAUAUGACCCCUAUGACUUCAGUGACACAGAGAAGGAAAUGCCUCAAGUGCAAACUCCGAAGUCAGUGGACUCACAGGAGACCAAGGAAUCCCCGGAGGUGGAGUUGAGUGAAUCCAGGUUGAAGGCAUUCAAGGUGGCCCUCUUGGAGGUGUUCCGGGAAGCUCACGCCCAGUCAGUGGGCAUGAAUCGCCUCACAGAAUCCAUCAACCAGGACAAAGACGAGCCCUUCUCUCCAGAGGAGAUCCAGGCAGCGCUGACCAAAAUGCAGGACGACAACCAGGUCAUGGUGUCUGAAGGCAUCGUUUUCCUCAUCUGAGGAGGCCUG